CUCCGCCCGAGGAAGCGUCAGUCGCGCCCCUCCUGCGACUCCCCAACAAGCGCCAGCCAAUCCCCGACGAGCCCCGGCGCUCCGGGAAACUUUGAAGGACGGGAGGCCGAGAAGACGCUCUUUCUGCUCACCGAUUGGCUAGCGGCUCGGAGGAAGUCUCCAAUAGGAGCCCUUCGCUGCUUUUCCCAAGCUUGACUUUUCGCUCUUUCCUCGCCUUCUUCUAGACGGGAAGGUUGCGGCGCGCGCGGCGGGUGGCUGAGCGCGUCUCGCUCUCAAAAGUUUCAUACCCUCGACGAAGCGCCACCCGUUUGCUCUUCGUUUCGGCUGCCUUUCUCAGACGAAGGACAGAUCCUCGUGGAGACGUCUGGACCAUGAAUAAAAGGCGAGCUGGGGCGCGGAUCCUGCUGCAGCCCUUAGCUGUGGGCGCCGUCGAGCAAGGCUGAGAAGUGUCCCCUCCACGAAUUUUAAAUUUUAAAGAAAAUUCCCUGGUUUGAUAAGCCUCCCGCCAGGAGCGCCCGCUUCGUCCGGCCAUGCUGCAGAGGAUCGCCGUCUGAGCCGCCCCGUCGCCGCGAUGCGCUCCCUGAACAUCACCCCGGAGCAGUUCGCGCAGCUGCUGCGCGACAACAACGUGACCCGCGAGCAGUUCAUCGCGCUCUACGGGCUGCAUCCGCUGGUCUACAUCCCGGAGCUGCCGCGGCGCGCCAAGCUGGCCUUCGUGCUCACCUGCGUGCUCAUCUUCGCCCUGGCGCUCUUCGGCAACGGCCUGGUGCUCUACGUGGUCAGCCGCCGCAAAGCCAUGCGCACCGUCACCAAUAUCUUCAUCUGCUCGCUGGCCCUCAGCGACCUGCUCAUCGCUUUCUUCUGCGUCCCCUUCACCAUGCUGCAGAACAUCUCCAGCAACUGGCUGGGGGGUGCUUUUGCUUGCAAGAUGGUGCCUUUUGUUCAAUCCACUGCAAUAGUUACUGAGAUUCUUACAAUGACUUGCAUUGCGGUAGAAAGGCAUAACGGGAUCGUCCACCCUCUUAAGAUGAAAUGGCAGUACACCAACCGAAGAGCAUACACAAUGCUUGGCAUUGUCUGGCUGUUGGCAGCUAUCGUUGGGUCACCCAUGUGGCACGUACAGCGCCUGGAGAAUAAAUAUGACUUCCUUUACGAUAAAGUGUACGUUUGCUGCCUGGAAGAAUGGGCCAGUCCUGUCCACCAGAAGAUAUAUGCUACUUUCAUUUUGGCUAUUCUCUUCCUGCUCCCAAUGAUACUGAUGCUCUUGCUCUAUAGCAAGAUUGGUUAUGAGCUUUGGAUUAAGAAAAGAGUUGGAGAUGCUUCUGUUCUGCAAACUAUUCAUGGGAACGAGAUGUCCAAAAUAGCAAGGAAAAAGAAGCGAGCAAUCAUCAUGAUGGUAACUGUUGUGGUUUUAUUCACCAUCUGCUGGGCUCCUUUUCAUGUAAUGCACAUGAUGAUAGAAUACAGUAAUUUUGAAAGGGAGUAUGAUGACGUCACCAUUAAGAUGAUCUUUGGCAUAGUUCAGAUCAUUGGAUUUUCCAAUUCCAUUUGCAACCCCAUUGUGUACGCCUUUAUGAAUGAGAACUUCAAGAAGAACUUCCUCGCUGCCCUUUGCUUUUGCAUUAUAAAGGAAAACCUGUCCCCAUCCAGGCGACGUGGAAACUUAGGGAUUACAAUGAAGCAGCAGAAGGAUGAAGGCUGCAGGAGACAACCCAACUCCUCGGGGGAGAACAGAAGAGAAGCAUUCAGCGAAGGGAACAUUGAAGUAAAACUCUGUGAUCAGUCCUUUGCCAAAAGGAAUUCCAGAAGGCACCUUGCUUUGUUUACCUCUGAACUCAAUGGGCAUGCUUCACUGGGACACUAGCAUUAUGGACAUCUCACUGGAUCCUUGAUACUUGAGAAUUCUUGCAUCAUAUCCUAGGCCUGGCCAGUCUGAAGGCUUCAUGUAAAUAGUCAACAAAGCAGGCUUUGGCUCCUUCAGUUGUCAGCUCAAGCUGCUGAUCUCAGGGACCAUAGAAUCACAGAAUCCUAGAGUUGGAAGAGACCCUGAGGAUCAUCUAGUCCAACCACCUGCAAUGCAGGAAUAUGCAGCUGUCCCGUAUGGGAUCGAACCUGCAACCUUGGCAUUAUCAGCACCAUUCUGUAACCAACUGAGCUAACCAUGAGCCCUCUAAGUCUGGAUUUGGUGUGUGCCUUUUCAUGGCACUAGUCUGGGCCUGACACUGAGCUAAGAACUAAUCUAGCCUAUUCACCGACCUUUUGAAAAUUAGCACAGUAUAGGUGUUUACUCCUACUGGACUACGUGAUGGUGCAGCAUUUUCUUCUUUUCUUCAGUUCCUUCUUCCGUUCCUUUGUUAUGCUUCCUGGAGACUGAUGUGGAAGCUCGCUCUUUUCUUUUCUAUCUGUUCUUCUCCAAUCUAAGAACAACAAUCUGCUUAAUUGCAAGGCAAAUUGCUUUCGCUUAUUUAACCUUGAAGAUGGCAUCCUCACCAAUGGUAUUUGAGGAUUAUUUGCAUGCAUUUGAAACAGACAAUUGUAAACAAAUUGCACUAUUUGAUUUUGCCUAAAAUUGAAGGAUCUUCACAGCAGUGCAGUGGUUUCAUGCUCUGUUUUGUUACUUGUUACUAGUGUUCUUUUUUAGAGAUAGGGUUGUAUUUAACUAACAUUCUCAGGGUAGACCCACUGAAAUUAAUUGACCUAGGUUUGUCAUGCCCAUUGAUUUCAGUGGGUCUACUCUGAGUAAAAGUUAGUUGAGUACAAGCCAGUUUCUCCAAAACCUGGCUUAUAAUGGAAUAUAUUUUUAUAACUGCAUGCAGCUUAGCUAAAGGAAGUCUGUUUUCCUUUAUAUAAAAUGUUCUGUUGCCUUCAAAUUAUUGGCCAAAUAAUCAAAUAGUACAACAAAAUAACCUGUAAUUUGUUUGGCACUCAUUCAGUGUACAAGGCCAAUAUUUUUUAGCAAAGUUGUGAUUACAAAUACAAUGUGACAUUUAAUUUAUGAAGACAUUUUAAUGCUGUUGCCUUUUAAAAUGAUUGUAUACUGUCAUCUCUCUUGCUUCAUCAUGCCCUUAAGCCCAACUUUUCUUCAUAAUAGUUUCCCACCCCCAUUACUCUUUAAUUCAAAUAGCAGCCCUUCAAAACACUGAGCAUUUGCUGCAUUUUCAAAUGCUGGUAAUUUCUCCUGUAUAUGCAUUAAAAGUGGACUAUUUCCAUUUAUCUGAUUAUGCACCUCAUUUUUAAAGUGUCUAAAACUGAACAAGGAUCUUCCCCAUGGGCCACUAUAUUACAUAUGAUCCAACUUCUAGAAUUCUCUUUGAAAAUGUGGAUUUCUCCAAAAAGGGCACCCUCAAAACAUCAGUAUUUCCCACAUUUAUAGGUAUAAUUUGCAGGACUGGAUCACUCAAUGGCUAUAUUAUGGAGCCACUAUUAUCAUUCCACAUCAUGCUUUAAAAUUUUAUUCACGGCAGAGAUUGCCUAAGCAACUGUGAGUGGUGACACCUGUUUGAGCACUAAACUUGAAGAUCUGGAUUUGCAUCACAGCUCUGAGAUGAAUUCACUUGUCCUUGCCCAGCAGUUUCAAUACAUGCCAUGACAGGAAUUAUGUGCCCAUUUAAAAGUGGAACAGUGUUUUCAGAGCUGCAUUUAGGUACCUCUUAAAAAAGGCGCGCACACUGUGUGCUUGUGUCACUGCAGCAAACACUUGUACUGAGAAAAACAUAGUGAUUUAUGUGGAUAGGGAGAUGAGCCCCACUCCACUGCCUAGAAAACCAUUGCUUUUCAUUCCAGUACUCUUACCAUGGGACUAGAGUAGAUGGGGAUUACAGAGGGAAAGGCUGCUUUCUCCUGUCCCUUCACCACUCACUGAGCAUUGUCUGCAAAAGUGAGUUGGUUGGAUGUAUUUGUGUGUGGUAUUUUACCUGUGCAAUUAGUAGUUACAGACUGGUGACAUUGUCAGAAUUGCAGGAGAAUCUGAGUAGCUAUGAAUGCUAUGGGAGACUCUCAGUUUCUGCAUCUUAUCAUCCUUUCAGUAUUAUCAGUUGAGAUGCUUGCAAUUAAGGCUUAGAACAUAGACAGGCUUGCCAUAUUUGCAGGAACAGUAACGAAUAGUUGUCAAAUAGGAAAUUUGCUGCAAAGCAGUGCAAUGAUGUGGAUUGUUCGCUUAUGUUUUUUGUGUACAUUAGUGAUUCUACAUUGUUUUUAAAAAACUGCUUGAGAAUAUCUGCAUGUGCCUGUGGUACUAUCCCUAUUCUUUGACAAAGGAUAAAAGGUUCUUAUUUUGGCUGAGAAUGUUGGCUUAUCUUUAAUUUGCACCCACAGUAUACUUUUUAUGGGUUCCGUUUAUGGAAACCAUGGUUUUUCAGUUUCCUAGAGGAGGGCACUGUGAGGUCUAACUACAUAUUGCUUUGCACAGUUCUAAGAGUAUCAGUUGAAAGAUCAACUAAAUAGAAAAAUGUGUUGCAUCAGAAUGAUAGUAUUUCCCGUAACUGGAUGUUUACAAAUAGGUUUAAAAGGGGGGGGGGGGCAAAUUCCAUGCUAGAAGUUAAUAGCAAAAGGACUGGAAAUCAAUCUGUCAGUAUCCUAAUGCUCCCAGGGAAAUGGGAUUAGGAUUGCAGCUUUGAUAUGCUUCCUGCUGUGAAUUUUAAGCACCAACAGAAUGCACUAUUGAUCAUUGUUUUUCUCACGUGGAAAUAAGUGGUCUCUUUUGUUGACCGUGGGCUUCAAUCUGUGCUCCUCAGUUAAAGUCUGAAGACUUCGAGCUGUCAAGCACAAAAUCAUGUUUACUAUAAACAAUUUAAAAUAUAAAUUGAGUGUUAUUUCAGCAGAUGCACAGAGCACCACAUUCUAUAUAAAACGCUCAGUUAUGAAAUAAAAUACUGCAGUGCAAAAAAGGGCUUAUCUAAGUGGAACUAAGAGUGUCUAUAAAAUGUUUUCAUAUUCCCCCUGGAAUUUAUACAAUUCAGUAUAUCAAGAGGGUAUUAAAACGAUCUUUCCCAGAUGCUUGAGGGAGGUUAAUUAGCAGGAUUGAUUUUUUACGGAACUGUAAAAUCAAGAUGGGUUUGUGAUGGGAAGUUAGCUACUCAUUAGCUUUGUCUUUAAGAUGCUACAAUGCUUGCGCCCCAAAGACUUAAUAGGGCUGCUCCUCUGGAAAUCCAUUAUUCAGCACAAAAUGAAUGUAAACAUCCACUGAAGACUGAUAUAUGCAUAGCUAUCAUUCACUAUGAUAUGUGUAAAAAGAAAAUACACAUAUUUUUGCAUUUUUGUUGUUUAGUCGUUUAGUUGUGUCCGACUCUUCAUGAUCCCAUGGACCAGAGCACGCCAGGCACUCCUGUCUUCCACUGCCUCCCUCAGUUUGGUCAGACUCAUGGUAGUAGCUUCGAGAACACUGUCCAACCACCUCGUCCUCUGUCGUCCCCUUCUCCUUGUGCCCUCCAUCUUUCCCAACAUCAGAGUCUUUUCCAGGGAGUCUUCUCUUCUCAUCAGGUGGCCAAAGUAUUGGAGUCUCAGCUUCAGGAUCUGUCCUUCCAGUGAGCACUCAGGGCUGAUUUCCUUCAGAAUGGAUGGGUUUGAUAUUCUUGCAGUCCAUGGGACUCUCAAGAGUCUCCUCCAGCACCAUAAUUCAAAAGCAUCAAUUCUUCGGCGAUCAGCCUUCUUUAUGGUCCAGCUCUCACUUCCAUACAUCACUGCUGGGAAAACCAUAGCUUUAACUAUACGGACU